GUCUGAGGCGGCACGACCCGGGCUGUGGCCUGGCGCGGACGCCCGGUUCUUCUGCACCGCGGGCCGCGGCCUGGAGUCGUUCCUGAUGCGGGAGGUGCAGGCGCGGCUGGCGGCCACGCAGGUUGAAUAUAUUUCAGGGAAGGUUUUCUUCACCACCAGUGCCAGUUUGAAUAUGCUGAAGACAUUAAAGUCCGCAGAAAGGUUGUUUUUACUGAUUACAAAGCAGCUUCCAUUCACUGUUUCUUCUACAAGAAAAGGUACAGGAAAAAUACUAAGUGAAAUACAAAGACUUAUAAAUGAUGACCCAGGAAACUGGUUGAACAUCAUUUCAAUUUGGAAAGAUCUUCUUGAGCUCAAUAUUGAAAAUGAGAAACUUUCUCAAAGAGAUGCUAACCCACUGAAAAGAAAAGUGGGAGAAAAAGGAACCAUUGUUGCUAAGAAACCAAAGAUGGAACAAACGGAAGAGGUCAAAGAGAACACGGAAUGCCAGCUGGAAAAACAAAGAGAAGAAACUCAGCAAAGGGAAUCUGUCACUGUGAGGGAAGAGCUUCCAGAGGCAGGCUCCCAGGACCAGGGAGAAAAUGCAGCCGAAACCCGUCACCAGAGUGGCUUGACAUUCAGAGUCUCCUGUCGCUGCAGUGGAACAAUUGGAAAGGCAGUGACUGCCCAGGAGGUAGGAAGAGUAAUUGGAGUUGCUCUUAUGAGACAGUUUGGAUGGAAAGCAGAUUUAAGGAAUCCAGACCUAGAGGUAUUUAUCCAUCUCAAUGACAUUUACUCCGUGGUUGGGAUCCCUGUCCUCAGGGUGCCUUUAGCCAGCCGAGCUUACAUUAAGACAGCUGGACUGCGGUCUACCAUAGCUUGGGCAAUGGCCUCCCUCGCUGAAAUUAAAGCUGGAGUGUUCGUUUUAGAUCCCAUGUGUGGACUUGGAACUAUACUUCUGGAAGCUGCUAAGGAGUGGCCAGGUGGGUUUUAUGUGGGUGCGGAUGUCAGCGACUCCCAGUUGCUUGGCGCCUAUGACAACCUCAAAGCUGCAGGACUCGAGGAUAAAAUUGAGUUACUGAAGCUCUCUGUUUUAGAUUUGCCAUUGCCAUCAGAAAGCAUUGAUGUUAUUAUUUCUGACAUUCCAUUUGGGAAAAAGUUUAAGUUAGCAAAAGACAUUAAAAGAAUUCUGCAAGAAAUGGAGAGAGUGCUCCGUGCUGGCGGGACUAUCGUCCUGCUGCUUGGUGAAAAUCACUACAGGCGCCUCACCAGCCAGGCGGAGAGCGGCCUUCCUCCGGAUGCCAAGGGCAGCCACAUGGACGGACCUGGGACUGGCAGGUGCUUAAAGCCUGAAGACAAGAUGGACAGCCCAGGGACCGUGGCAUCCUCCUUCAACACCAGUAACCAGGAGUACUUAGAUCAGAUGUCACCAUUUGGCUCUUUGGUCCCGACGGAAUGCUACAAAGUUAGCCUUGGAAAAACAGACGCUUUCCUGUGUAAAUAUAAGAAGGCAUAUCCUUACGGCUCGUAGGAAGCCUGCCACCAGCCAGGUCCUCAUCUCUACGCCAGCGGCAUGGCGGCCCCAGAGCUCUGAGUGAGCAAACUCCCCAGAGACAUGGCUGAUUGACACAGGUUCUUAGAAUCUCUCCUCUCGAGUGCAUAACAUGCAUACAAAAAAGAGUUACUGAAUAUUUUAAGAGACUCUGAAGUUUGUAUUUUGUCACAAGGUGGAAAGAUCUGCUUGGCCAGAAAUUGGUCCUUUGCAAAACUUCAACUUUAAACUUUUCAGGGCUUGACAUGAGCGUGUCACGGUCAACACCAGCUCGGUGAUAUUUUAACUUUCAGAUGUUUGGAAAUGAUGAACAAUUUACAUGUGAACUUCUUUUGAUAUUAAACCUAACUUUUGAUCCCCUAA